CAGCCGGGACAGCCCUUAGCUCCACCGAGCCGUUCAGUUUCGGAGUGUGCUCUCUCUCUCUCUCUCUGUCUCUGAGUGUGGGUCUGUCCACCCCCUGAACAACCUCGAAAUGUCAAAGUCCAUCAUCACCACCACCACCACCAGCAGCAAAAGGAGCGGAGGGAUAAGAACUGGAGGGAGCAUGUAUGGAUCCGGGAUGUCCUCCGGCCUCAAUCGGUUGGGAAGCGGAGGGAGUUUUCAGACUUCCAGGCGUGCCCAAAGUGUGGUCCUGGGACCAACCCAGAGAUUGUCAACCUCCCGAUUCUCCACUGGCUCUCGGAUGUCCAAUAUCGGAUAUAGCGGUGCUUUGGGCGGCGGCAGAAUCAGUGCAAUAGGAGGGGGCUCCAGCAGGAUGGGCCUCGGGGGAAUGGGGAUUAGUUCCCAGGGACUGAUCCAGAGAACCGCUGCCCUGGACCUGAACGCGCCUUUACCCCAAAUCGACACCACUCAGAACAUUGUCCGCUUGCAGGAGAGCCAGCAGCUCCAGGGACUCAACAACCAAUUCGUUGAUUUCCUUACCAAGGUUCGGCAUUUGGAACAGGUCAAUACUCAGCUGAGUAUCAAACUGAAACUUCUGCAGGAUCAAGGCGAAUACAAAUCCAACAUCGAGAGUAUGUUUCAGUCCUACAUUGACAAUCUCAAGAACCAACUGGACACACUUCGCAAAGAGAAGGAGAGGUUCGAUGCCGAACUGCUCCAAAUGCAAGGGCUGGUCGAGGAUUACAAGAGCAGAUACGAAGAUGAAAUCAACAAGCGCACAGAGAUGGAAAAUGAGUUUGUCCUGGUCAAGAAGGAUGUCGAUGACUCGUACAUGAGUAAGGUGGAGCUGGAAGCGAAACUGGAAGCUCUGACCGAUGAAAUUGAAUUCCUGCGGAGUAUCUAUGAAGAGGAACUCCGGGAGCUCCAGGCUCAGAUCCAGAAUACAUGUGUCAACGUGCAAUUGGAGGGUGGUCCCAGGUUCAAUGCGCAGGAGAUCUUAGACAUGGCCAGGAAACAGUAUGAAGCUUGUGCCCAGCAAGGCCGCGAAGAUGCGGAAGUUUGGAAACGGACCAAGAUGCAGGAACUGUCCAUGGCGGCUGGACAAAGUGGCGAUGAUAUCAGUGUGCUGAAGUCAGAGAUAAGGCAGACAACAGAGCAGAUCCGGAGAAUGAAUGGAGACAUUGACAACCUGAAAAAAGAGCGUGUGAGACUGGAGGAAGCAAUCCGGGAAGCGGAGGACCGCGGGGACAUGUCUCUGAAAGACUGUAAGCUUCAGAUUUCGAAACUGGAAGAUGCCAUCUGCAAAGCUCAGCAUGAACUUUCCGCACAAUGCAAGGAAUACGAACACCUGAUGGGCAUCAAGCUGGCACUGGACAUUGAGAUCAACACCUACAUGAAAAUACUGGACACAGAGGAGACGAGGAUGGCAACUGGGGUAAAGACCCUCAACAUCCAGCAAGUACAGAGCCAAGGCGGGAUGCAGCAAAGCAUGGGCUUGGGAAGUGGAUCGUCUGCCUUUCAGACCUCGCUGAGUUUAGGUAUGAGUGACAGACCGAUGUCGAGUGGACAAACUUCAUAUCAAGUGACGAGCACAGGACUGAGUCAACAAGGGUUCAUUUAAAACCAACAGUCUCUCGAAGCAGUUCAUUGUCAGAGGUUAUCCAUCCCCGAAGUACUGCAUUUAGUGCAGUGGUUCACAUGUUUGGAUUCACUUCAUGUCUGCUGUUCAGAACAUCUUAGUGAGCCUGUUCACAUUUCAUAGUCUUUUGACAUGAAGUUGACAUUGACAUCUUAACCAGUGCACCAAAGAAAGUAAACUUUAUAAAGGUUUGGGUUUGUGGGAAAAGCAGUCAAGUAACUCAUGCUAUCUUUGUUGGUAUCUUUAAAAUGGUGAAGUAAAGCCAGGCUUUCGCUGUUGAACUCUGUUUCGAUAUUAUGUACAACAUUGUAUUGGGGAUUUACUUUUCCUGUCUGACUCAAUAAAUGUCUCGUCUGCA